GGGGAGGGAUGGGGGAGAGUGAGUGAGUGUGUGUGGAGGGGAGGGGGGUAACUGGCCGCGCACUCCCGGGACAGCUGAGGGAGCUGGAGUCCGUCAGCAGCCAAGAGACAUUGCGAUUUAUGCUUCCUACCGCCAACACCAUGAUCUUCAUGUUCGUAGGGACGUCGAUGGUGAUGGCCAUAGCUUGCAUCGUGGACAUGAAUGCCCUGCUCGACCGAUUCCACAAUUACAUCCUGCCGCACCUGCGGGGCGAAGACCGGGUCUGUCACUGCAACUGUGGAAGACACCACAUUCACUACGUGAUUCCUUACGAUGCCGAUCAGUCUGUGGUCGACUCCUCAGAAAAUUACUUUGUGACGGACAAUGUGACGAAGCAGGAGAUUGACCUGAUGUUGGGGCUGUUGCUGGGUUUCUGCAUCAGCUGGUUUCUGGUGUGGAUGGACGGCGUCCUGCAGUGCAUGCUCCGGGCAUGGAGGACCAACAGGCGUUAUGAUGAUUCCUGGUCUUGGAUCCCGAGGUUAUGUAAUCUGAAGGAUUUCAGGAGGCGCUCCCACCGUCAGUACGAGGAGUCUGCGGGGAACAUGGUACACAUCAAACAGAAACUGUAUCACAACGGGCAUCCGAGCCCUCGACACCUGUAACCUUCAACUGUCAGAAGCUGGGACUCGAAAUGAGGAGCCUGUGUAGACUCCAAAUCCUUUUAAAAAAAACACAGAUCAAAACCACUGCUGCUGAUGAUGAGAUGGCAAAUGCCCUCAGCCAGAGUGACCUGUACAUUCUGUAAAUACCCUGGGUUACAGCCCAAAGCAGCUGCUUCUCUCUAAUCGUUUCUUAUUUUGAGUACUUACACCGAGAGGUGCUUGAAAAUGACUCAAUGGUAAUCUGGUUUUAACUUUUUUGCAAACCUUCUCAUCACAUUAAUAUUUGCUGCCACCUCCCCUCCCUGCCUGUAAACAUGGAACUCCCUCCAUCCAUCAGAAAACCAGAUUCGGUGCACUUUGAUAAAGCAAUGUUUCUUUCCAAAAUUACCUGUUAAGGCCCACAGUUGGUGGAGGAUAUGCAGUUGGCCUGAGUGAUUGCACCAGCCUGCCAGGUGUUGGCUCUGGGAUCACGGUGGAGCAAGAGCCAAGUGUGAGAUGGCGGAGGUAGAUGUUUCUCCAUCCUGCUGGUUUACACCUUGAAUGCGCUUGCGAGGCAGAGAUGAGAAUUUUUUUUUUAAUAUUUGAAAAUGGAAAGGUUUAGAUCUGAAGUGACUGCGGUGCCUAGCAGUAGGAGCCAUGGGCCCAUCACCAGGUAAGGGAUUCAAGGGCAAAAAGUCACAUCACAGGCCCUUUGCACUGAAGGGAUUUAGAGCUGUACGAUUCUGCAGAUUGUGACCCAAGUACAAGUGUAAAAAAAACAUUUAAUAGUCUACAGCAUUCUGUACAACCCAUCAUUAAAAAUAUAAAUUCCCAUGGCUUCUCCUUUUAUUGAAGUUUAAUAUUGCAACAGGCGGAGCAAGAAGUUUUAUAAAUUUGUAAUUUUUUGUGUAGUUAAAUGUAAUGGCUGUCAAAUUGCCUCUUCCUGUCAAACCUCUUUCCUGCAUCUUUUCCCUACUGCCUCCACCUCUGGUGCAGGAGUUUUCACUGCAUAACCUCUCAGCCCUAACCCACCCACACCCCACCUCCCGAACCAGAAGGCUGGUUCAAACCUGUAGUGAUCCAGUUACCCAUGGGUCAUUGCUGUCUGAGAGGAGAUUUAAUUACCAGGGGUUGGGAUAUACACCUAGCGUAGAAAACUAGGGCAGUAGGUGGAAUUUGUUUGGCAACACAAUAAACUGGGCAGUCCAGUCCAUUUGAACUGUAGCCUUGAAUUGGUCACUUCAUAGGAACAACAGUAAAUGCCACGACCCUCCGGAAAGCCGGUUGCACAUCCGCGAUGGUGACGUCUCUUGGGUACCUGGAUUCUAACUGGGAGAAGAGAUCAGAGGAAGCGAGGUGUGUGAGCUGUUCCGACGUGUGUUUUAUCAUUGACUCUUUGCAGUAGUGUUGAUUUGUUAUCUUGUCGAAAUGUGCGUGAAAUGUGUAAGGGUGUGAAGUCGGAUGGAGGCACAAAAAUGCUUAAAAAAAAAACGUGGAACAGGUGAAUGUGAAACGUGUCAGCGAAAAAAAAAUUAAAAAAGUAA